AUGUAUUCCAAAGUUGAAGAGCCGCCCAAACUGGUACUCACCGGUACCCCAAGAGAGAUCGGUUUCCAUCAUGGCUCCCACCUUCGGCCGCAGAUUAGCAGCCAAAUCACCAUCUAUGAAGAGAUGUUCCAGGUGAACUGUGAUUUGUCCUGGGAUGCAGUCAGGCGGCAAGCAGACCAAUUCGCGGUCACGAUUCAACGCGCCACCCCCCACCUCUACCAAGAAAUGGAGGGCAUUGCAGAGGGUGCAGGGGUGGAUGUGCUCGACAUUGUGGCCCUGAACUGUCGGAGUGAAUUAACUUUUGGCAAGUUCACAGAUGGCUGCACCAGCCUUUCAUGGAAGAGGAACGAGCACUGUCGUAUUCUUGCCCAGAAUUGGGAUUUUACCACUACGAUACAGGAAAACAUCGCGCUCAUGAGGAUUGAACAGCCUGGUAAACCAACCAUUCACAUGGUCACUGAGGCUGGCAUCGUGGGUAAAAUCGGCUUCAACAGUGCCUGUGUUGGGACCUGUCUCAACGCUAUCCGAGCCCAUCCUUGCGUUCCAUCCAAGAUACCCAUUCACGUUGCUCUGCGGCUCUGUCUGGAAAGUACUUCGGUCGAUGAGGCAGUGCAGACGCUAGAGUCCCUCGGAGGUGUGGGAUCUAGCCAGCACAUCUUGAUUGCUGAUAGUAAAGGCUCGCUGGGAUUGGAGCUGUCUCCCCUGGGUGAUGUACAUCUUCAGCCGGACGAGUAUGGUAUGGUAGCACACACAAAUCACUUUUUAGAGAAUCGAUUUGUCUACGAGCCACCAUGGUUGACUGGCUCGCCGAUCCGAUUGGCGCGGGCCCGGGAACUGACCCGGGAGCUAAUUAGGGAUAAAGUGCUUGAAGAGGAUGCCAUUAUUGGGCAAGUGCUCAGGGAAAGAGUAUUCUCUGAUACUUACAACGCCCCCCAGUCAAUCUCCUGUCAGGAAGACGUGGCCAGGCCUCCAAUUUCACGGUCGUCGACACUCUUUAAUAUUGUCAUGCGUCUGGAACCGGAGACGCUUGGCGCAGAGGUGGUCAUUGGACGACCAGGUUCCGGAGAGGAGAGUGACCUACUGAAGCUGCCCUUCCAGUGA